AUGGCGACUCGACCAACAUCGCGUCUAUUUGUCCUGACCGGCAUGGUUGUCUUUUUUAUAUUGACAAUCACAUUCUUCCGACAACCAGCUCCACUGAGCCCUAAACUUCGGGCUCCGGGCCACCUGGGCAAGUCCUUACCGAGCGUUGAUGUAUCAGACCGAAUGUUGGAGGGGAAUAUAGUCAUGCCCCAAUUGGGCAAUGCGACUGCUAAAGCCGAACUUGGACGCGCAUCUUGGAGAUUGUUGCAUACAAUGAUGGCUAGGUUUCCAGAAAGUCCGUCGAAAGAGGAGCAGGAUGCGUUGCGAUCAUAUAUCUAUCUAUUUGCGAGGUUAUAUCCAUGUGGUGAAUGCGCCGAACAUUUUCAGCAACACUUGAAAAAGUUCCCACCUCAGGUAUCCUCUCGCAAUGCUGCUGCCGGAUGGGCGUGCCAUGUCCACAAUGAAGUCAACAAGAUGUUGAAGAAAGACGAGUUUGAUUGCACAAAGUUGGGAGAUUUUUACGACUGUGGCUGUAGCGACAAGCAUGAAGAUGAAGGGAAGCCGAAGCAGAAAGGAGAAAUACCAGCAGGUAGAUUGAAUCAAUUGACGAACCUUGGACGGGAGUUUAACACUGACGCGCUGCUGCCAGUUGAAAUCAGUGCUGAGCCGCAAACAAAUGGAUAAAUGAAUCCUCUUGUCCUUUUUUUCUUGUACUUUUAACGAGAUGUAUCACCAUUACGGCAUCCGUAAUUUAGGGUUGGGCAGGACAUUUGAAACCAGGCUACGCAAGGAGCUGGAACCGUUUUGUCUCAAAUACGGGCGGGAAGAGUUGUAUUCGGAUCGUUGCUCUAAUUUAAGAGACUGGAAUGAGCGUGAGGAAAUGGCAUUGUGUGGUCAGGUUGUUGGAUAUAGUCGACAUGGCCACUGAUCCCAAUAUCCGGUUCACAUCCGGCAGACACUACUGCAACAUGAUUAGUAUCAGGAAUGACACUCCCAAGAACGGUGUUUUUCGGAACCGAAUGUCAAGGAAACGAUAAUGCAAAUACUCAAAAACUUUGAGACUUGGAGAUGACGGAUGGUGUUAUAAUAUGUAUCCUUGGCUAUGGAAGCAGCGUUACUUUGCAAGUCCUGAGUAUUAAUGCGCCACGUCGCAACUGAGCGGAGGGCAAUGAUCACCAUAGAUAACUCAAUAUUGGCCUGGAACAG